AUGAAAUUGGAGGUAGAGAAGACUAACUGCACCAGACUUCGCUAUGCAGCCAAGGAACACAUUUUCAGUGUUAACGUAAAUCGAGAAAUGGGUGAUUUUGCCCAAUUUUAUUGCUGUUACUUUUUGCAAUCAGUAGAACAUCGUCAGUCUUUCUAUAUUGGUUCUUCACCGAAUCCACCUAGAAGAUUGAGGCAACAUAAUGGCGAUUUAGUAAAAGGUGGCGCAUACAGAACAAAGAGGAGUGGUACAAGACCAUGGGAGAUGAUAUUAUUUGUGUAUGGUUUUCCGAAUAAGAUUAUUGCUUUACAAUUUGAGCAUGCCUGGCAACAUGGGUACAAGACUAGGUUUAUAAAAGAAGAAGCCAGAAUAAUCAACAAGAAGAAUUCUGGAUCAGCAGGUAGAAAUAUACAUUAUAAACUAGCUCUAAUUAGACAGCUCCUGAACCAUCCAUUUUUCAAAGUUAUGAACCUUGGUGUUCAAUUCUUUAAUAGUGAUGUAGCUUCUACGUUUGAUCAAAAUAAAUUUGGAAUUGCCCUGGAUCCAUGUUAUGAGAAUUGGGGUAAGGUUAAGACUUCUGAAAAUGCCCUUUCUCUUUCCAAAUAUGAUUUAAAAAGAUUGACUGUUGAUGAUCUCUCAGAUAUUUCUGAGCAAAACAGAGCUCUAGUAUCCCAUUUUUAUGAUUCAUCCAUAAAGCUUGAUGAAGAACGUAUGAACAGAUAUACUGAACGAGUGAUGGAUGGUCUCUCUAAAUGUAAAUUAUGUUACAAAACCUACGAUUACACUUCUGAGGAUGAGGAUCUAAAGCCACACAUAGCAUUUUGUACUAAUGAGGGCUGUGAUUUUGUUUCAGAGGUAAGUUGUCUAUGCCGAAGGUUCAUAGUUGAGGAAAUAGAUGAUAGAGAUAAGGAUCUAACACUCAUACCCAGAGGUGGACGCUGUCCCGAGUGUAGAACGGAAUUGGAAUGGACCAUACUCAUGAAAUAUUCGUCCAUGAUAAAAGAUGUAUCCCGUAAAUAA